AUGAAGGUGCUGUGCAGCGCCUGCGAGGCGGCGGAGGCGAGCGUCCUCUGCUGCGCCGACGACGCCGCACUCUGCGCGCGCUGCGACCGAGAGGUCCACGCCGCCAACCGAUUGGCAGGCAAACACCAGCGCCUGCCCCUCCUCGCCCCCGGCGGCCAAAGCGCCGCCGCCGUGUCGCCGCCUAAGUGCGACAUAUGCCAGGAAUGCGACGCCUACUUCUUCUGCCUGGAGGACCGCGCGCUGCUCUGCCGUAGCUGCGACGUCGCCGUGCACACCGCCAACGCCUUCGUUUCGGCGCACCGUCGCUUCCUGUUAACCGGCGUCCAGGUCGGCCAGGAACUCGAGCUGGACGAGCUCUCCCGGGAGCAGCCAGAGGCGUCGCCUCCCCCGCAGUCGAAGAUCGAGCCGGCGCCGCCGCACUACAGCGAGAGCGACUUCGGCUGGGCGGCCGGCGCUACCGGGAGCCUCGCUGACUGGUCGGCCGUGGAGGAGGAGUUCGGGUCCCCUGCCCCCCGCCUCUCGGAGGCCGCGAGCAGGGCCACGCCGAAGCGCAGCCCGCGGGCGCCGCCGGCUUUCGGUGCCGGACAGGGCCGCGUCGCUGGCGGGGUCAUGGAUUGGCCCCUGGGCGAGUUCUUCCGCGGCGUUAGCGACUUCAACGGCGGCUUCGGCUUCGGCUUCGGCUUCGGCGAGAGCGGCACCUCCAAGGCCGACAGCGGGAAGCUCGGGGGCAGCGCGGCUGGCUCCCCGUACUACCGCUCGUCGGAGGAGGACCGGGACGCCAACGAGCUGUUCGGCCAGGUGCCGGAGAUCCAGUGGUCGGUGCCGGCGCUGCCCUCCCCGCCGACGGCCUCCGGCCUCCACUGGCAGCACGGCGGGCCCGACAGCAACGCCUUCGUGCCGGACAUCUGCUCCCCGGACGGCGGCGCCGUCCGCUGCUUCCCGACCGCCGAUGGCGCCGCCAAGCGCCAGAGGAACCGCUAG